AUGCAACGUCCUAUUCGUGGUUAUCGUGGUGGUGGUGGUGGUGGUGGUAUUCACGUGAGUUCUCAUUUGACAAAUAGUCAUAAUCUCAAUAAUGAUGAUAAUGUUCAUGAUCGAAUAUUGCUAUCGAAUUCAAAUUUUGGUGAACUAGAAGAUGAUGAUAAUAAUAAUGAUAAGAAUGUAACGGUAAAAUCUAAAGAUUCUUCAAUAUUAUCAUCGAUUGCAAUUGGUGCUGAUCUGGAAUCAGUUAUUUGCAAUCUUCGUCCACUGAAAACACAGCAAAAAAAAGCAAAAACGAAUCCAAAUAUUAAUAGUCAAAAAGCUGAUUUACCUCAACUAAAUAUGAUAAGCGAUACACAUAAUAUGGCUAAUGAACAGACAAAAAAUAAAAAGUUACAUCAUUGGUUUCCGAAACCUGACAUUGGUCAUGCUAAGCCAAAUGAUUUUAUUCGUCAUAAUCAUAUUGAAUCUCAAGAAGUUGUCGAGUACAUGGCACCACCAGCUUAUUUGACGAAAAUUCCUCCUGCUGAUAUAUCAACACGCCCAACAGCAAUUAUUGCUCAAGCUGGUCUAACCCGAUCAAUGUCAACAUAUUUUCCAUCAAAUUCAUCGGUAGGAAAAUUAGCUUAUACGAGUAUUGAUGAUUUGCAAAAUUAUUCUUUAUUGAAAUCAAAUCAACAAUCGUCAAAAUCAUAUCUAAAGCAAACAUCAUCAUCUGCUUUUCAACCAAUUAGUACUAUUAAAAAUCUAUCAUCAAAUCUAAUAAAUCGAAAAUCAAAAAUUAAAUCCCAACCUCUUAUGAUCGAUAUACCAACACAUAGACCAUUAGAACGUGGACAAAAAUUCACAAAAGUUCAUAUAUCUCAUCCACAAAGUCCUUCAAUUGUUCAUAUUAUGUUGAAAGAAGAUUUUACUAGAGCUUGUCAUCUACUUCGUCAAAUGUCAGCACAUCCAGAGCUUCAACCAGAUGAUAAAUCUAUUCAUCUUUUCAAACCAGAAAUAAACCAUAUAUGUGCAUGUUGUCAUGAAGGUCGUUGGUUUCGUUGUCGUAUUUUACAAAUAUCAUCAGAUAUAUCGACAGCAACUGUUAACUAUUUGGAUUGGGGUAUGGUAAUUCCAGUACAAAUCGAACCGACAUAUAUUCGUCGUUUACCAAAUGAGUUUUAUUUCGAACCCGCUUGUUCUAUGCUCUGUCAUCUUGAUGGUGUACCAACUUCAAAUGAUUUAAUACCAUCUUGUGUCAUUGCGCAAUGCAUUCAUUUACUGAGUGAAAAUGAAUAUGAAGUCAUUGUUAACGAUUAUGAUAAUGUAACUGGUGGUAAAAUUAUUCUUUCGAUCGAUGGACAAAUUAUUAAUAAUCAAAUCGAACAAUUAAUUUCACCUUAUAAAUUAAUGUCGUUUGAAGAAGAACUUAUUGGACAAUUUCAAUAUGAAUUAAAAUUAUCUGUUGGCGAUGAAUUUAAAGCUUUACUUAGCUCAUUUGAUGGAAAAGAUGAUUCAUUUUAUGUAUUAGUUAUUAAUGAAAACACAGCUGCCAUUGAUCGAGCUAUGAGCGAAUUACAAGAAGAUCAUAUACCAAAUCGAGAGUAUCUUCAAGUACCUCAAAUUAAAACUCUUGUUGUGGCCCGAUAUGUUGAUGAUAAAAAAUAUUAUCGUGCAUGGGUGAAAUCAGUUGAUAUACAACAGGAACAAGCUCUAAUUUUCUUUGUUGAUUUUGGUAAUGAAAGUUAUGUAUCAUUUUCGGAUAUCUAUGUGUGUCCAGAAUCUGUACGUACACUUCCAUGGCUUGGUAUACGCGUUCGUCUUACAAACGAAACUAUGGCGGCGCAAGAGUUAACUACAUUUUGGAAAUUAACUGAAGCACAUUACAUAUGGAUACAUAUCAAUGAUGUAUUUAAAGAUGCAUAUGGUGUGCAAGUUAAACUUGAUUAUACAGUAUAUCUUCAACAAGAACGUCUUAAAAUGGCAACACCGAAAAGAUCUAUUCAUAAAGCUACGCAAACAAUAGCAGAUGAAAAAGUUAUAUUUCCAAGAAAUAGUUCAGAAAGAAAUUCAUCUUUAUUAACACCAACAAAACCUGAUCAAAGUAUCAUGGGCAAUGAAAAUUUUCUUCGUAACAUAUUUGAAAUGGUCAAUAGUGAAUUGCGUUCACUUCGACAUCGUAUUAAUGGCACCGAUGAAGCAUCACAAGAUAGACAUAAUCAGCUUAUGCAAUUAUUAUUGUCCAUAGUCAAUGCAAAUAAUAGUAAUAAUCAAAAAAAGACUUGUUAA